CCUAUCCCGCAGCUAGUGGAGAGUUUUAGGAAGCAAAAGGCCGACUAUUCAUGUAACAGUUUGGCAGGGGGUGACACUAGUAAUAACAGGGAGAUUAAUAGAUCCGUGCAAACGAACCGAGAAGCUUUCAGGUUCAAUAGCUGGUUUGGUGACAUCUGCAAUUUGUUCCAAGUGUGUGACUGUAGCAUUGACGUCUUGACGAGUACUUAGGUGGAAUUAGACAAAAUGGGAGGUCACAAUGACUGCGAACUUUUCAUGGAUAACUACUGCAGGGUUUGCUGUGCCAUGCUGAUCUCAGAAGUCCAAAGGACCACACAUUAUGAGAGCAAAAAACAUGCCAACAAAGUGCGGUUUUAUUUUCAAAUGCAUAAAGAAGAAGGAACACCAUCAAAAAAAAUCAAAACGGAGAAUGUUGCAGUUGGUUUUCAGGAUGCUGGAACUGGAGAAGUGGACAAGAAUAAAUUUUGCACCCUGUGCAAUAUGGUUUUCACAUCCCCGAUAGUUGCUCAAUCCCAUUAUCAAGGCAAGAUUCAUGCAAAGCGGCUCAAACAGCUUGUCGGAGAACAGUCGUGUGUCCCAGAGCCACAGACCGUGCUGUGUUCUAUCACAGUGUCCACGAAUGUAGCAAGUACACCUUCAGAGGAGAAGAGUUCUGUGCAGAAUGAGCAACUGGAAAAAGGCAAGCAAGAGUUGGCUCAUGAAGCCUCUUCAGCUUCCACAGCUUUGGACCUGGAGGAUCCCAACAAGUUCUGCAAACUAUGUAGUGCCUCCUUUAACAACCCACUAAUGGCCCAGCAACAUUAUAAUGGCAAGAAGCACAAGAAAAAUGACAUAAGGAGACAGUUAAUGGAGGAAAUGGGGAAGGAGGCAGAUUCUUCUGAAAAAAAUGUAGGGACAGGCGACUAUCCAUGUGCUAUCUGCAAUGUUACACUUAAUUCCAUUGAACAAUACCAGUGUCACCUGCAAGGAUACAAACAUCACCUAAAAGAAAAUAAAGUGGUUAACCUGGUAAAGAAUACAAAGUCAAAGAUAUAUGACUCAUUCCAGGAUGAACUUUAUGACUUCAUUAAAGUUCAGAAAGCAAGGGGCCUUGUGCCAAAGGUGUCCUUUAGAAAAUGUGAGGAUGUUCCAGAAGAAGAGAUGACUGAGGACUUACCUUCAGAAAGCCCUCCCUAUUCUCCUGAAUACCCAUGGGAAGUCAUGCAAGGCAUGCCUGUGUCCAACCCAAGUUGCUUCCCAGAUGAGCAGAUUUUCCCAGUGGAUGUGGAAGCUGAAGCUGAACAGUGGCCUCCAUUGCAGAAUGACCACCUGAGGGACAAGUGCGAGCAAAACAGUGACUUGCAUAUAGAGUGCUACACAGAAAUGCCACCUUAUAUAAUGCCAACUCAUCCAGAAAAUAGUCGAGAUCCAUCCAGCGUGGAGUCUGCCGAUGAAUGUAAACCCAUGACCUCCGACGACAGCACUGGCUCAUACAAAAAAGACAAGGGUGAUAGGAGGAAGAAACACAGGAGGGAGAAAAGAAACAAGGAGACAGAAUCUAAAAAAGAAUGUGAACAUCCGAGCUACAGAAUAGAGAAAAGUCCCGAAGGGCCAGCUUUAGAACAAGGUAAAGAUCAGUCAAAGCAGAAACCAGAGCAAAGGGAUAAAGAAGAGUUUCUACUGGGCAGAGAAGAAAAGCUGAAACAUAAAAAGGAAAAAAAGGACCUUUAUCAAGAAAGAGAUGAAAUAAAACAAAAACAUAAAAAGCAAAAAAAGAGGAAGGAAGUUGAUAUGAGAACAGAAGAAGAAAAGCUUUGGGAUGAAUCUAUUUUGGGAAUUUGAUACAAAAGAACUGUAAAGACUUUGAUGCUUGAUCACUGUUUUAAUUUGCUCAAGCACUUCUGAGAAUAAAAAUAUAUGGUUGUUAAUAGAUGUGCUUGAAGAUUCUGUUAUUUAUCUCCCCAGUAAAUCAAUACUGUUCAGAUGUUGUUGGCCAUCUCUCUCAGCUGCGUUUGUUGUUACCAUUUUUUCCAGUCAGCAGUAACCUUAGUUAUGAAACAUAAUGCUGAUGUCUGAACUCCUGUUUGAAGUGUCCUUAUACAUUAGCUGUUCUUUGUCAAAACUGCAAUUCUAAUCCCUGAUAAGUUAUGGUAAAUUGUAAAUUCUUGGGCCAUCCAGACUUGUUCAACUUUUAAUAAACAGUGAUUAUAGUUUUAAA